GCAGCCAGGCGGUGGAAGAGCAGCCCCUCACUCGGAAGUUCUUUGAUCUCGUCCGAGCCCCAUAGGAGGGCGAGGCUGGGAGUCCAGCCCAGACAGUUGAGGGAGCAGAAACGGCGGCUUCACACCCCCACCUGGGAGUCAGCGGGGCACCAGCCCCCGUUGUCAUCACGGAGCUGGCGCCUCAGCUAUAGCGGCCUGGCCUCAUCAUGAGUUUCCAGACUCAGCUGAUGCUGUUGCUCUGGAAGAAUUUCACCUACCGCAAGAGGCAGCCCGUGCAGCUGGUCAUCGAGCUCCUGUGGCCGCUCUUCCUCUUCUUGAUCCUCGUGGCUGUACGUCAGUCCUAUCCACCCUUUGAGCAUCAUGAAUGUCACUUCCCCAACAAGCCACUGCCCUCAGCAGGCAGCCUGCCCUGGCUCCAGGGCAUCAUCUGCAAUAUGAGGAACCCCUGUUUCCACUACCCAACACCCGGGGAGACACCCGGGGUUGUGGAUAACUUCAACGGUUCCCUGGUGUCCCGUCUCCUGGCCGAUUCAUGGGCCAUGCUGAGUAGCCCUAAUACCCGUGAGGUCCUGCACAGCUUCCAGAUAUUGAUGCCCAUCCUGCAGCAACUCCAGAGGGGCGCGCUGCCCCUCCAGCACCACCUGCGCCUGGACGAGAACUUCUCCAGGUUUCUCCAGGAGAAUACGUCCCUGCCCCCUGUCCUGGCUCAGGAGCUUCUGGGGACCCCGCUCAGCCUGCGUGGGCUGCCCCGAGGUGUGCCACUAGAAGAGCUGGUGUGCAAUGCAUCCCUGCUGACUUCCCAGCUGGCAGCUUCUGAGCGGCUGCAGAGGGCCCUGUGUGCUCUGCCCCCUGAUCAACUCCAGGGUCUCCACAGCAGCUUUCUGACCCAGCUGGAUCCUGGGAAGAUGAUCUCUAUGGCGAUGCUGCAGAUGGAGCCGGGACAGAGGAAAAAGGCUCUGGAGGCCACGGGCAGCUUUCUGCUGGCUGCUGAGGCCCUGCUCAAGGAGCUCUCCUCCCUGACCAGCCUGACGGAGCUCCAACAGGUACUGCAGGGGGAUCUGGGAGCAAGCAGGUCACUGGAAGCAGUGUCGCAAGUGCUCUGUGAACGCUCUGAGAAGGGGGGCCUGGGCGUGCCCUCCCUCGACUGGUAUGAGGACAGCGACUUGAAAGUGAUGCUGGGGCAGAACGACCCCAAGCCACUCGUGCCUCCGGACAACAGAACCAGUCCUUACUGUCGGAAGCUGUUUGGGGAACUGGAGGCAAACUCCAUAUCCCGCCUACUCUGGCAAAGGCUCAAACCCCUGGUCAUUGGCAAGAUCCUAUACACACCCGCCACGCCCAUCACCCGCAGGAUCAUGGCUGAGGUGAACCAGACCUUCCAGGAGCUGGCACUGCUGGGCAAGCUUCCGGACGUUUGGGCCGAGCUGGGUCCCCAACUCUUUGCUUUCAUGAACGGUAGUGCGGAAGUGGUGCUGCUGCAGAGUCUCCUCCAGUCUCCGGCGCUGCAGCUCCUCGUGAAGAACGACUCAGCUAUCCACCGCUUCCUGGCAGGGGGCUUGUACCAGGGAUACAACUGGCGCCAAAGCUUCGCCGAUAUGGAGCAGCUGAUGGACUCCGUGGGACACUUCAUGGAGUGCAUCUCUUUGGAUAAGUUGGAGGAGGUGGAGUCGGAGGGGCAGCUGGUGAACCGGGCCCUGCAGCUGCUGGGGGAACGACGCUUCUGGGCAGGCCUAGUCUUUGUGGGGACCCAGGACUGGAGGCCCAACUCUCCUGGCCAUCUUCAGAUCAAGAUCCGCAUGGACAUCGAUGAUGUCACCAGGACCAACAAGAUCAAAAACAGGCUCUGGGCUCCAGGCCCCGCUGCCGAUCCCUUCUCCGACCUCCGCUACGUGUCCGGUGGCUUCGUCUACCUCCAGGACAUGGUAGAGGGGGCGGUCAGGCGGUUGCUGAAUGGCUCAUCCCACCACACCAGACUCUACCUGCAGCAGAUGCCCUAUCCCUGCUACGUGGAUGAUGUGUUCCUGCGUGUGCUGAACCGCUCUCUGCCACUGUUCCUGACGCUGGCUUGGAUCUACUCGGUGGCUCUGACAAUCAAGGCUGUGGUGCGGGAGAAGGAGGAACGGCUGCGGGAGACCAUGCGGGCCAUGGGGCUGAGCCGGGCUGUGCUCUGGUUCAGUUGGUUCCUCAGCAGCCUCCUGCCUUUCCUGGUCAGCGCUGGCUUCCUGGUUCUCGUCCUCAAGCUGGGAGACAUCCUCCCCUACAGCGACUCUGCCGUCAUCUUCCUCUUCCUUGCGACCUUCGCUAUGGCCACCAUUUCCCAGUCUUUCCUAAUCAGCACCUUCUUCUCCCGGGCUAACCUGGCGGCGGCCUGCGGGGGACUGGCAUACUUCACCCUCUACCUGCCCUACGUGCUGUGUGUGGCCUGGAGGGAGCAGCUCUCCCCUACUGUCCGGCUGAUUGCGGGCCUACUCUCUCCUGUGGCAUUUGGCUUUGGUUGUGAGUACUUCUCUCUGUAUGAGGAGCAGGGCCUGGGUGUCCAGUGGCACAACUUUGGUGCCAGCCCUGUGGAGGGUGACCCCUUCAACCUGGCACUGGCCGGGGGGCUUCUCUUUCUGGACGCUGUCCUCUAUGGUCUGGCCACCUGGUACCUCGAGGCUGUCUGGCCCGGCCAGUACGGGAUUCCCGAGCCAUGGGACUUCCCCUUCCGGGCAAGUUACUGGUGUGGGAAGUGGACUGUGCCUGAGUCCCAACAGGCCCCCGCCCCAGAUAGUGGUGACCCCCAGGUACUAUUGGAAGAGCCCCCUGAGGGGCUGCAGCCAGGCGUUUCCCUGCGGGGUCUGGAGAAGCGCUACGCUGGCAGUGCCAGCCCCGCCCUGCGCGGGCUCACCCUGGACUUCUAUGAGGGCCACAUCACUGCCUUCCUGGGCCACAAUGGGGCAGGAAAGACCACCACAUUGUCCAUCCUGAGUGGCUUGUUCCCCCCAACUGCGGGCUCCGCCUUCAUCCUGGGCCAGAACAUCUGUUCUAACAUGGCAGCUGUGCGCCACUUGCUGGGUCUCUGUCCCCAGCACAACGUGCUCUUUGACAUCCUGACGGUGGAAGAACAUAUCUGGUUCUAUGGGAGACUGAAGGGUCUGUCGGCCAAGGGGGCACAGAAGGAGCUGGAACCCCUCCUGCAGGAUGUGGGGCUCUCCCAAAAGCGGCAUGAGCAGACGCGACACCUUUCAGGCGGGAUGCAGCGGAAGCUGUCUGUGGCCAUUGCCUUCGUGGGCGGUUCCCGUGUGGUGAUUCUGGACGAGCCCACAGCUGGGGUGGAUGCCUUCUCCCGCCGGGGCAUCUGGGAGCUGCUACUGAAAUACCGGCCAGGCCGCACAGUGAUCCUGUCCACCCACUACAUGGAUGAGGCUGAGCUACUGGGGGACAGAGUGGCAGUGAUCGCCAGGGGCCAGCUGCGCUGCUGUGGUUCUCCAUUGUUCCUCAAGAGCCGUUUGGGUGUUGGCUACUAUCUCACACUGGUGAAGAGGCGACCCACAGCCCCCACCCGUGGGGGCCAGAAGGGCCUGCAAGAGGAAAGCGAUUCAGAGCGGAGUUGGGACACAGGCCUGGGCAGUGAGCCAUCCAGCGAAAGCACCACCAAUACAGGCCAGCUGCUGGCGUUGGUUCAGCGGCUGGUGCCCGGGGCACAGCUGGUGGAGGAGCUGGGCCACGAACUGGUGCUGGUGCUGCCCUAUUCCGGCGCCCGGGAUGGGGCCUUUGGAAGGCUUUUCCAAGAGCUGGAUGGACGUCUGGCUGAGCUGGGGGUUUCGGGUUAUGGGGUCUCUGACACCACCCUGGAGGAGAUCUUCCUGAAGGUGGCAGAGGACAGUGGAGUCACCAACAAUCUAACAGACGGUGUCGGGCAGCCACUGCGCCUGGGCGUGCCCACUCCGGCCUCGGCCCACUCCCUGAAGACACCAAGCGAGGCAGCCGACCGGGACAGUGAUGGCAACCUGGACCAGCCUAUCCCGGCCGCAGCAGCAGCAGCAGCUGAAGUUUUGGAGACUCAAGUCCUCCGAGGGGAGCCAAGCAGUGGGGAGCGGGUACAGGGCUGGGCUCUGAUACGCCAGCAACUCCGUGCCCUGCUUAUCAAACGGUUCCUCUAUGCCUGCCGUAGUCGCCGGGGACUCUUUGCACAGAUCGUUCUGCCUGCCCUGUUCGUCGGCCUCUCCCUCUUCUUCAGCCUCAUCGUGCCUCCCUUUGGCCACUACCCACCCCUGCAGCUUCAGCUGUCCAUGUAUGGCCCUCAACAGACCUUCUUCAGCGAGGACGCCCCUCGAGACCUGGAAUCUGCCCGCCUGCUGGAUGCCCUCUUGGCCGAAUCCAUCUUUGGGAGUGAGUGCCCACUGAACAACUCAGAACCAGGACAGAAUUGUGCCCAGCCCAGUCCACUCAGCUUCUGGGUGCCUGAGGUGUCUGAAGAGGUGGCCAACAUCUUUGCCCAUGGUAACUGGACCGCCGAGUUCCCGUCACCUGCCUGUGUGUGUAGCCAACCUGGCAUCCGCAAGAUACUCCCCGAUUGUCCAGAUGCCGCCGGAGGCCUCCCGCCUCCUCAGGCUGAGCGGGGUGUUGGAGACAUCGUGCAGAACCUGACAAGCCGGAAUAUCUCUGACUACCUGCUGAAGACCUAUCCCCGUAUCAUCCAUCAGGGGCUCAGGAACAAGAAGUGGGUCAAUGAGAUGAGGUAUGGGGGCUUUUCCCUGGGGGACCACGGCAGCGCCAGACAGUCCUCGGAGGCCGAGAUUCUCCAUACCAUCCAGGAGCUACGGAAGCUAGCCAACGCCAGCCAGGAUAGUGCAUUGGAUCUGCUGCUGGUGCAUCUGAGCAGCUUUGCCAAGAAACUGGGCUCCCAGAAGAGUGUCAAGGUCUGGUUCAACAACAAGGGCUGGCAUGCCAUGGUGGCCUUGGUCAAUGUGGUAAACAAUGGACUUCUGCGUGCCCACCUGCCCCCUAACAUCAGUUAUCGGGCACACAGCAUCACCACCAUCAACCACCCGCUCAACCUUACCAAAGAGCAGCUCUCCAAGGCUACCCUGAUGGCCUCAUCGGUGGACGUCCUGGUGUCCAUAUGCGUGCUGUUCGCCAUGUCCUUCGUCCCCGCCAGCUUCGUGCUCUUUCUCAUCGAGGAGCGGGUCAGCCGGGCUCAGCACUUGCAGAUGCUGGGGGGCCUCUCCCCCUCCCUCUACUGGCUGGGCAACUUUACAUGGGACAUGUGUAACUAUUUGGUCUCGGCCCUCCUGGUUGUGCUCAUCUUCCUGGGCUUCCAGCAGCGGGCAUAUGUGUCCACCGCCAACCUGCCUGCCCUGAUGCUGCUGCUGCUGCUCUAUGGCUGGUCCAUCACGCCGCUCAUGUACCCGGCUUCGUUCAUUUUCCACGUGCCCAGCACAGCCUACGUGGUCCUUACUUGCAUCAACCUCUUCAUCGGCAUCAAUGGCAGCAUGGCCACCUUUGUGCUGGAGCUCUUCUCUGACCAGAAGUUGCAGGAGGUGAGCCGUAUCUUGAAGAAGGUCUUCCUGAUCUUCCCCCACUUCUGUCUGGGCCGGGGGCUCAUCGACAUGGUACAGAACCAGGUUCUGGCUGACACCUUCCUUCGCUUAGGCGAUGACCAGUUCCAGUCUCCACUGCGCUGGGACCUGGUGGGAAAGAACCUAUUUGCCAUGGGAGUACAGGGCCCCAUUUUCCUCCUCUUCACCCUCCUCUUGCAGUACCGCCUCCGCCUGUGUCCAAGGCCCAGGCUAAAGCCAUUACCUCCCUUGGGAGAGGAAGACAAGGAUGUGGCCGAGGAGAGGGAGCGAGUCAGUCGGGGAGAGACUGGAAACAGUGUCCUGGUGCUGCGGGACCUGACCAAGGUAUAUCCGGGCCGGAGGAAGCCGGCUGUGGAUCGGUUGUCCUUGAUGAUCCCCCGUGGAGAGUGCUUCGGACUCCUGGGGGUGAACGGGGCUGGCAAAACGUCCACCUUCCGGAUGCUGACGGGGGACACUCCAGUGAGUGGAGGAGAAGCCUUCCUCCAGGGUUUCAGUAUUGUGAGUGACGUUCAGGGGGCACAUCGCUACAUGGGCUACUGCCCCCAGUUUGACGCCCUCACUGACCUGCUGACCGGCCGCGAACACCUCGAGUUCUUCUCCCGCCUGCGGGGCAUCCCCGAGGAGGAGGUGGCCAAGGAGGCACAGAAGGGGUUGACCAAGCUGGGGUUGCUGCAGUAUGCGGACCGACCCGCGGGCGGGUACAGCGGCGGGAACAAGCGGAAGCUGUCUACGGCCAUUGCCCUGGUGGGCGGCCCACCCGUUCUCUUCCUGGACGAGCCCACAACGGGUAUGGACCCCCAGGCCCGACGCUUCCUCUGGAACUGCAUCCUGACCAUCAUCAAGGAAGGUCGCUCUGUCGUGCUCACCUCCCACAGCAUGGAGGAAUGUGAGGCCCUGUGUACCCGCCUGGCUAUCAUGGUGAACGGGCGUUUCCGCUGCUUGGGCAGUGCCCAGCAUCUCAAGAACAGGUUCGGGGAGGGUUACACAGUAGCCCUACGUGUGCCCACUGCCCACCUGGACCAGGUGCAGGACUUCAUGGAAGCCACAUUUCCUGGCGUCUUGCUAAAGGAGCACCACGGCUGCUUACUGCAAUACCAGCUGCCCAUCAGGCACUGCCCGCUUGCCCAGCUCUUUGGCCAGCUUGCAGCCCACAGUGAUCCUCUGGGAAUUGAGGACUUCUCUGUGUCCCAGACCACGCUCGAUCAGGUGUUUGUCUACUUCGCAAAGGAUCAAAGCGAAGAUGAUCCCGAUCCCGACCACCUAUCCCGACCCCGCUUCUCCAGGACUGGUCGCCUCCGCCGCGCUGUUGCCGAGAGCGUGGUAUGAGCCCCAGGAUGUCACCGUCCAUCCUUCCGCCUGCCAGCCCUGGCACCAUCAAGAGAAGCCAGUUCAUAGUGCCCACACUUCUGCCUCUGCCUGGAGUAACGUGGCUUCCUCUGACCUCCAUCCACUGUCCCCUUCCCUUGACUGCCCUGAUGAAGCUGCCAGUGUGGUCCAUUAGUCCAGCCCCUUUCCCGCUAGCCUGGGUGUAGCGGCCACACCUGUUGGGGCCAGGCUGGCCUGGUAGAUGGCAUAGGGGAAUCGGGUCAAGGUUCCUGUACCCCUUCCUUCAAAUCCCUUCCCAGAGAAGGGAUAGCACUCAGCCUCCACCAGCUUCCCCGUUCCCCCUUGCUUAAUACAGUGUGACACCUAGUAAGUGCUUGACAAAUUCCGUUAUUACUAUUAUUGUUAUUAUUAUUAUUGCUCCCUGCCUCCCCCGACUCUCUCCCAAGGUGGUUGGGCUAGGCAGAGGUGGAAGGGGAGAGGAUGAGAGGGCCCGUAUUUCACGGAAAUAAAGGUU